CUCCAGAUGUUACAGCAUUAGCCAUUUUAGGUCCCAGUUGAGUGUACACUAUUAUCCUUAUUUUAUUGGCAAUAAUGUAUGAAAAUGUUUCCUUCUGUACUGUAAACUUUGCCAGGGUAUCUUGUGCCCACUCACCUGUAUACCCUUCGAAUGUAAACCAGCAGACUGACAGGUUCAUAAACUCCAGAAUUUAGUCAUUUACCAACUGAGCAAUGGAUCGGAAGAAUCAAACUCCACAGGGUCAAAUUGCACAAGUGGUUGUUGAAUUUCUAGAAGUAGCUGUCAGCUGCAUUGUCUUCCUCAAAGGAUUCUAUCCUGCUCGUGCAUUUGAGAGGAGAAGGUACAUGAAUGUAGUUGUCCAGAAAGCUGUGCAUCCCCAGCUUGCUGGCUAUAUCCACUCUGUGACUGCUGGCCUUCUACCUUUCAUACAGAAGGGACUGGUCGAGAGGGUCAUAGUCAUCUUCUACAACAAAGAUCACAUACCGAUCGAGAAGUUUGUGUUCAAGCUUGCAUUGAGCCAAUCGUAUGGCUCAAAUAUAGAGCAGUCUAGCCUGGAGUUCGCUCUGCGAGCGUUCCUGAUCAAACUAACGGUGGCCGAAACUCUCACGAAACCCCUUCCAUCAGAUAGCAGCUGGGAGAUCGCAGCCUACUUCCGAUCCCUCCCCGCGGACGGCAUCAAGGACAAGGAAGAGGACGCUCAGAUGUGGAUCCCCACGGACACCAAGAUGUGGAUGCAACCGCCGCAUAUCACCCCCAUCAAGUCGAUGGGCUGCGACCCUCUGAAGAUGCAGCUCUACCUGGAGCAACCUAGCCCCGCGGAGGCCAAGGAUCCCGCUCCGUAACA